AUGUCCAGCCCGGUGCCGUACUACGGACCCGACGAGGAUGAAGCGACCAUCAAUCUCGAACGUUUCUUCUUGGCAGGCGACUUCGUCACUGGGUUUGGCUAUGGCGUGCAGUUCGUCCUCUGGGCGAUCUCUGUGCGAUACCUGUGGAACAAACGCCCCCGGGGAAGAAAUGCCAUGCUUUUGCUCAGCUACAUCACCCUCCUGCUCGUUGUCGAAACGAUCUUCGCCAUCGUCCAGGCGCGGACCGUCGAGCUUAUGUACAUCGACAAUCGCAACUACCCCGGCGGCCCGUGGCAGUACUUUUUGGCCACCCAAAACCUCCCCGUCAACGUGAUGUUCUUCGCCACGCUCGUCACGAUCACGCUCUUGUGUGACAUCCUUGUGUUCUGGAGGUGCUGGGUCAUCUGGUCCGCCUUCGGGCGCACCGCAGCAUUCGCGGCAACGUUCGUCCCUCUCCUCACCCUCAUCGCCUCCUUCGUCAUGGGCACGCUCUGGACCCUCCAGUCCUCCCACCCCGGCCUCUCCCUCUACAGCGCCGAGCCGCUCGCCUUCGGCACCGCCUACUACACGCUCUCGCUCGGGACGAACGUGCUCCUGACCGCGCUCAUCACCACCCGUCUCCUCCUCUUCCGCCGCGAACACGCCGCCGCGCUCUCCUCGGAGCACGGCUCGCAGUACCUCUCCCUCGCGACGCUCGUGGUCGAGAGCGCGGCGCUCUACUCCGCCUUCGCCGUCGCCUUCCUCGUCUCCUACGCGCUCAACGCGCCGAUCAACCAGAUCUGGCUCGGGUUCGCCCAGGCCGCCCAGCAAGUCGCGACGUACCUCAUCAUCUUCCGCGUCGCGGACGGGACGGCGUGGACGACGCAGACGAUGCGGUCCGCGACGGUCACGACGAUCGACUUCCGCGACGGCCGGGGCCGGGGCCGGGGCGCGGCGCUGACGACGACGACGCGGUACUCCGAGAUGGACGCGGGCCGACGCACGCCUCGUCCGUGA